AUGCGUGCACACGAAUUUGCAACUCUGAGCGAAGAGAUUCAGGCAGCCAAUGCGCAUCAUAGCCACUGCCAGUCACGGUGCAUGCGUGCACUCUUAACGCACAUAGCUGCAUAG